UUUGCAGGCAACCAUAAAUGCAACCCCCGAUCAGCUGGUUGCCUCGUCGCUCUGUAACCCUGCCCUGCUGACGUCCUGCCGUUGCUGCAGGAUUCCGGAUGGGAGAGGCAUUAUGGACGUGCAAGUAGCACCGCUGAGAUCUUGGGACGAUUUCAUUCCGGGCCACGACCGCUUUGCUGUGCCGGAUUUCAAAGACAUUUCCAAAUGGAACAACAGGGUGGUCAGCAAUUUGCUCUAUUACCAGACCAAUUACUUGGUGGUGGCUGCGAUCGUCAUCUCCAUAGUGGGAUUUCUGAAUCCCCUGAGCAUGAUCCUUGGUGCUGCAGUGGUGGUCCUGGUGUUCACAGUGUUUGUGUGGGCAUCCCACAACAAAGACUUCAUUCGCAAGUUUAAGAAGCACUAUCCUGCUGCAUUUGUCAUCGCUAUUAUUUUGUUGAGCUACUUCCUGAUAUCCUUUUUUGGAGGUGUCAUGGUGUUCAUGUUUGGAAUUACAUUUCCUCUGUUCUUGAUGUUUGUUCAUGCUUCCUUGAGACUUCGGAACAUAAAGAACAAGCUGGAGAACAGGAUGGAAGGCAUAGGCUUAAAGAAGACUCCUAUGGGUAUCGUGCUGGACCUUCUUGAACAACAGGAAGAAGGCAUCACCAAACUGGCUGACUAUCUGGCUAAAGCCAAGGAAUAAACACAUGUCGCUUGUUCUUUGAGAAAUUAGUUGGGCUUGCCCAGCAUCACUUUUCAGUCUGGGUGUGGAACAGUACACAGACUGUAAAGAUGAAGUGUGGCAAAAUAAAAUACUCAAGCUAAUCAGCUUCCCUGACCAGGGUGGGGAGUGAUAAUACCCCUUCUGACAUGCUGAGAGGUCUGGCAUACAAAUGCAGUUGAAAGCAUGCAUUUGUUUUCAAGGGGAGGGGGGCAGGAAUUGAAGGAAUGCCUUCUCUAGAACUAUUAGUCAAUCUCAGUGUGUUUCAAAGUAUUCAAAAGCAGUGCAAGCACUCCCAUUUACUACCUGUCUAUCCAAGUUGACAGAUCCAAAACUAGUAUGAACUAGGGCUUAAAGUCCAUUUUCCAGUAUUUUGGAGUUCAUGUUGAUGUGACUCCUGAGCAGUCUAUGUUUCCAAAUGGAGAAGUGGAAAACUCAGUUUAGUCACAUAAUACAUACAUUUUUGUUUUGACAAAUCUUGGUCUUUCUCCAGUUCACAAAUGGACACCUUCAUUCUGCUUGAGAAUUUCAAGUCUGCAUUGAUAACAUCUAGCAAACAAACAUUCCUUCAAUGCACCUAUGCAGAAUUAAAAUAUUUAGGGGUGGGACAGAUUGCAUGACAAGAUAAACAUGAUUUUCUGUGCAUACCACAUCCAACUGUUACACAUGCUUUAAUAUAUAUUGAAUAGAAUUAUGUAAGUAUUUAACUCUGCCAGGCUUGAUCUGCUAUUAAUAGAAAUAUGGGUUCUUGAAGAGUCUUUAGUUAACACUUAUAGAUAUAUUUUAUAGAACAAAUAAACUGGAAAAUAGAACCAUAAUUUUUGCUGAUAAUGUCUCCUACUGGAACCAGGGUUGGGGCUGUCUAGGUUUUAUUUCCUAUAGUGAAGAGGACAAAAUAGGUCAGACAACCUUUUAAAACAUAUUCAAGCACCGUGAAUUUCUGCCCGAAUGCCUGUUGAAAACUUUAUGCAAGAAGAACAUUCUAGUCCAACAUUGCAUAUCAUACACUUUCCUUUUUUCUGAUGUAUUUAUAUGCAGCAAUCAAACUCAUUUGUUUAUGGAGCAGAUAUUCACAGAAGAAUCUCUUUUUAUGUGAUUUUUAGGACUGGUGUUAGCAUGGUAGCUCCCCACCCUUGGCUCUUUCCGUUUUAAACUGAGAGUUGUAAUGCUUCAUUCCAUACCUGAAUUGUAAAAUGAUCAGUGUUUUGUUGGAAAUAUGGCUCUAUCUGUGUAUACUAGGAUUAAAGAGAAGUAAACUGGUCUUAAUUUGUAGUCUCA